AUUGAUCGGGCCUCAGUCUACCAGGUCCAAGCCAUCUAAUACGCAUUGCCGUAAUCACAGGGAACGCAUCCGCAAGCAUCGUUCUUCUCGGCUUGACCGCUUGGUCGAUUAUCUUCUAUUCCCCAAUCCCCAAUCGGCAAUCAUGCCAUGGUCGACGGCGCCCCGUCCGCUCCUAAUUGUGAUUUCCGGCCGUUGGGAGGGAUUAAUCGAAGAAGAUACAGAGAGAUUUCUGGAUUCCAUCCUCCUCAAUCCUCAAUUACAACGAUACGUAUUUGUUGAGCUCUUCUGUGUCUUCAUUGCCAAUUGGUAUUUGGGGACUAAGAAAUAGGGGAGAGGUUCGAGGAGAAGGUCAGAAUGGAAAGGAAUUGGCGGAUUGUGCACACUGGUCUUCCAUUCUGUUUGUGAUUCGUGAAGACACUACUAGUCAGCAGCGAUUCAGGUGUUGUUGUUCCAUUCCGGUUCAUUUCUUACAUUUAUAUUCAUCUUAAUUUUUCCUGUGCUAAAUAGCAGUAUGUCAUCUAGAAAGUAUCCAUCUGGUAAUGAGAAAAGGAACAAGAAAAAACGUGCUCAUGACCUGAUAGAAUCCCAAAAAGGAUCAAUUUAUAAGUUUCUCAAAACAAGUACAAGUACCUCUACUGCUAGGAAUUCAGAUGAAUUAGCUUUAGUUAUUGUUCAAGAACAGCCCAAUGGGCAAGAAAGUGCAUCUGACUCACCUAAUACAGAAAAUUUGAGUGCUGAUGAGCAAGAGCAACCAACUUUUAGUGUCAAUAUUUAUGACCCAAGAUUUUGGGAUGGUCUAGAUAACAAGCAAAGAGACAUUUUAGUGGAAAAGGGUCCUGUAAGAGAAGCAAAUCUUGUUUUCCGUUUGGAUAAAUAUUCUAGGCAUUUUUCAUAUGCUUAUUAUUCUAAAAGAUUGAGCAAUGGAGAGGUUCAUGAUAGAAAAUGGUUGGUUUAUUCUAAACAUGUUGAUAGAGUAUUUUGCUUUUGUUGUAAGCUUUUUAGAUCUAAAAACAAUAAGAGUGCCUUAGCUACUGAUGGAAUGAGUGAUUGGAAACAUCUCAGUGAGAGGCUUAAAGAGCAUGAAAACAGUGUUGAGCAUUUUACUAAUAUGAACACAUGGAAUGAAUUAAGGAUUAGACUAGGUAAGAAUCAAACGAUUGAUAGAGAUUUGCAACAGCAAAUCACAAAGGAGAAAGAACGGCUGAAGCAAGUUUUAAUAAGGAUAAUUGCCAUUGUAAAGUAUCUUGGUAAACGUAAUUUAGCUUUUCGUGGAUCUAGUGAAAAGCUUUACGACGGUAAUAAUGGAAAUUUCUUAGCAUGUGUUGAGAUGGUCGCAGAAUUUGAUUUGGUAAUGCAAGACCAUCUUAGGCGCAUUGAGAAUAAUCAAAUUCAUUACCAUUACCUUAGUCAUAAAAUUCAGAAUGAGUUGAUAUCUUUAUUAGCAUCGAGUGUUACAAGUUCCGUUAUGAAUAUUGUUAAAGAGGCCAAGUAUUUCUCCAUAAUUCUUGAUUGUACUCCAGACGUGAGCCAUCAAGAACAAAUGACUCUACUUGUUCGAUGUCUUAAUCUCUCAAAUAAAAAAAUUAAGAUAGAAGAGUUUUUUCUAGGGUUCUUAAAGGUAGAUGAUACAUCUGGUUUGGGUCUUUUUAAAGUACUGCUUGAUGCUAUGAAGUCUUUUGAUCUUAAUGUUGAUGACAUAAGGGGUCAAGGAUAUGACAACGGUUCUAAUAUGAAAGGGAAACACCAAGGGGUACAAAAAAGAUUGCUUGAUAUAAACCCAAGGGCGUUGUAUAUGCCAUGUGCAUGCCAUAGUCUUAAUCUUACUCUUUGUGAUAUGGCCAAUUCAUGUAGUAAAGCUGUUUCUUUUUUUGGAAUUGUGCAACGAAUAUAUGUGUUGUUUUCAAGAUCUACGAAAAGAUGGAAGGUUUUACUUGAUCAUGUGCCAAACUUUACUGUGAAAUCUUUGUCUAAUACUCGUUGGGAGAGUAGAAUCAAAAGUGUUAAAGCUAUUAGAUUUCAAGCUCCUCAACUAAGAUCAGCUUUAUUUGAGUUAUCUAAAUGCCGCGAUGAUGCAAAAUGUAUGAGUGAUGCAAAAAGUUUAUAUGAUUUGCUAGGCAGUUUUGAGUUUUUACUUAGUACGGUUAUUUGGCAUGAUAUUUUAUUUUCUAUAAACAUGGUGAGUAAGAAAUUGCAAUCUCCGUCAAUGUGCAUUGAUUCUACCUUGCAUCAAAUUGAAGGCAUAAUGAAGCACUUUGAUGAAUAUAGAAACAACGGAUAUGCAUCUAGUUUGGAUAUUGCUAAAAGCCUAGCAACUGAUAUGAAUAUAAAAGCAUCAUUUCCAGUAAAACGAAAGUCUACUAGAAAGAAACAUUUUGAUGAAACUGACGACGACGAGGAACAAAUUCUAGAAGCCGAAAAGGCCUUUGAAGUUAAUUACUUUUUAGUUAUGGUGGACAUGGCAAACACUUCACUAAAAAAUAGAUUUGAGGAGCUUAGUGUUUUCAAAAGUAUUUUUGGAUUCUUGCUUAGCUCAAAAAAUAUGAAGUCAUUGGACGCCAUUGAACUAAAAAAAUGUUGCACCAAUUUCGCCAAAACUUUUUGUAAGGAUGGUUCAUUUGAUGUUGAAUCUGAUGAUCUUUUCUCUGAACUGCGAGUGCUACAAACAACCUUACCACAUAAGCAAUUGUGUGCUAUUGAGAUUUUUGAGUUUGUUAGAGAUAUUGAUUGUUUUCCUAAUAUCUCAAUUGCUUAUCGAAUUCUAUUUACAGUGCCGGUGACUGUAGCAUCUGCAGAAAGAAGUUUUUCAAAGUUGAAAUUGUUAAAAAAACUAUUUGAGAUCAUCGAUGUCACAAGAAAGGUUGAACGGUCUUGCUACCAUAUGCAUUGAGAAGGAUAAGUUAGACGAGAUUAAUAUUGAGACCAUCGUUAAUGAUUUCGCAUCCAAAAAUGCUAGGAGAACUUGUUUUUUAUGAUUAUACUCGACCAUGUCUUAUUUUCCUUUUGUUAUGUUUUAAUUGUUAGUUUUUGAGAUAACAUAUCCCUCGGUGUAUGGAGUAUCUACUGCAACUGAAAUAAAAGUAAUUUAAACUCCUUAUUUGUUUGUGUGACCAAUAGUAAGGAUUUAGGGCCCCUCUAUAUUAUCUUGCCCUUGGGCCCCUGAUUUGCCAGGACCGGCCCUGCUUACCCCUCACACCCCGAUCAGGAAGAAACCAGGGGGCGCCCCCCUCUCUCUUCCCUCUCAAAUCCCUCCCCCAAAUCCCUUAGACCCAAUUUUAUGUAGUAUUGGUGAAACCCUAGAUCAUCACAAAUUUCGAAAUUUGUGUGGUCUUGCGGAUUUUGUUUUAGUUUGAUAUUUUUAUUAUCCUCUAGAUUGGCCUAUUUUGCUAGUUAGAGUUAUGGUAUGUGACUAUGAUUUGUUGUCAAUAUUGCCAUGUAUGGUUUGAGCUUGGUAUUGUAGAUCUAGAUAAAAUUGGAAUGUGAAGAUUAUAAUUGAUAUACUUAUUGUUUAUGCAUAUGGUUUUUAUAACUAUUUUUUAGAUGGCAAAACUUGUUGUAGGCAUUAUUGUUCACCUAUCUUAGUUUUCAAACAUUGUUUUAGGCAUUUUGUGUUUGCUUUUUUGUCUUAGAAUUGUUUGCUUAUCUUUGUUUGGAAAUAAUCGUUCAUAGUAACUUUAAUAUAAAAUUGUUGUAGGUAUGGCGUCGUCCGAUCCGAAGGAGAACCCGAGGAAGUGGAAGCACAUCGCUGACCAUUGGCCAUCCAAUUUUUUCGAAGGGACGAAACGGGCUCGUUGUUGGUGCGGUGACCUUUGUGUCUCAAAACAAUGUGAUGAUUGGGAUGCCAAACACGGAAGGAGGUUUUGGAUGUGUCCUAACUAUGCACAUGACAAGGCCAAGCCAAGAAACUGAUACGACUACCCACCGUAUCCUCCACCUCUUUGUCAAUUUGCGAAGUGGAUAGAUUUGGAACAAG